AAUCAUCUUACCAAUCAAAUCUAAAUUGUCUCCUGAUUGUUUCACUUAUUGUUUUGAUUCUUCCAUCGGUUGUUUUUAACUAACCUUUACUUUGUGAUUCUUUGAUUCAUUAAUUGAUGAAUAUGAUUAAUGAAAGUUCCCAACAAUUAGCUAAUGGUGAAGUUAAACUCACCGACAAAUUAAUCAACCUCAAAGAGUUUGAAGUCGAGGCCCAUAAACGUGUUGAUAAAGACGCUUGGGGUUAUUAUAAAUCGGGUGCUAAUUAUGAGGUCACUUUACGGGAAAAUGAAGGUUCUUAUAAUAAAUUGCGAAUUCGACCUCGAUUCUUUAACAAAGAUGUAAGUCAAAUCGACAUGAGAACAAAAGUUCAAGGUCAACAGAUCGCUUUUCCUAUCGGUGUUUCACCAACAGCUAUGCAAAGAAUGGCCAAUCCGAUUGGUGAGAUUGGAACAGCUCGAGCUUGUAGAGAGAUGAAUACAGUUUAUACGAUGUCCACUCUCGCAACUUGGUCGGUUGAAGAUGUCGCUCGCGAGGCCCCGGGGGGACUCAAAUGGCUUCAAUUGUACAUUUAUAAAGAUCGUGAGGUGAGCUUACGAUUGGUUCGUCGAGCUGAAGCCGCUGGAUUUAAGGCAUUGGUGGUCACUGUUGAUCUACCGAUUAUGGGACAGAGAUACGAUGAUAUGAGAAAUAAAUUUGUGCUUCCUGAACAUUAUAAGUUAGCGAAUUUUAGUGAUGAAUUAGCCGCGAUGGAAAAAGAUCACCAAGGUUUCGGAUUCCAAAACUAUGUUACCGAUGCUUUCGAUGCAACAUUAACAUGGAAAGAUGUCGAAUGGUUCAAAAAUCAAACUCGACUUCCACUGAUUGUCAAGGGAAUUCUGACCGCUGAAGAUGCGAUUCUAGCAGUUGAUCAUGGAGCAUCGGGAAUCGUUGUUUCUAAUCAUGGAGCUCGACAAUUGGACACAGUCCCAACAUCCAUUGAAGUUUUACCUGAAAUCGUUCGAGCCGUCGGACAUAAGGUCGAAAUUUAUCUUGACGGUGGAAUCCGAAGUGGUACCGAUGUACUCAAAGCGCUUGCAUUAGGAGCUAAAAUGGUUUUCAUCGGAAGACCAGCGAUCUGGGGUCUUGCAUGUGGGGGCGAAUCAGGAGUAAUCAAAGUGUUACAAAUAAUUAAACAAGAGUUAAAAGUAGCCAUGGCUCUUUCUGGAUGUCCAACACUCGAGGAUAUUACACCUUCGUUAAUUUGUCGAUCCAAUUCAUUUUGGUCCAAUUUGUAAUCCUGAUGAAUCAAAUUUGAUCGUCAAUAUGAUUGAAUUGUGAAAUUUUAAUAACCAUUCCUCUAAAUUCUUAUAACCAAAUUUGACACAAAAUUAUUAAAGUUUAUUGAUUGUUAAAA